UGAUGGCUCCGAUGGAAUCGCGAAUUGGGAGAACUGGAGAACCAGUCGGUCUGCGCUGUAAGCUUGGAUGGACAAUUAGCGGACCUGUUACUUCAAGCGGUUCAGAAGGAUACUGCGGCGUGCAUCAAUGCGAUCUGUCGAAGGAUCAAUCGUUGAAGAAUUACUUCACCAUGGAAGAGGCUGGGAUUGCUUGCCCGUAUCGCGUAGAAUCGGAGGAAGACCGCAGGGCGCGAGAAAUAUUGGAGGCUACUACGAAGCGUGUCGGAAAUCGGUUCGAAACCGGUCUUUUGUGGCGUACCGACAAAAUUCAGAUGCCGGACAGCUACUCCAUGGCGUACCGCCGAAUGCAAAGUUUGGAGCAACGUUUCCGGAAGAAUCCGGACCUGCAACUGAAGGUCGCCGAAGCGGUCGAAGGAUUCAUAGAAAAAGGGUAUGCCCACAAAGCGUUACCUGGUGAACUUCGUAGCAGCAAACCGGGGCAAGAGUGGUACUUGCCCCUAAACGUAGUGGUCAAUCCAAAGAAACCAGGGAAGAUUCGGCUAACGUUGGAUGCUGCUGCCAAGGCGGGCGGCACUUCUCUUAAUGAUAUGCUGCUCAAGGGCCCAGACAUGCUCGUAUCCCUGCUCGACAUCAUCAACUGCUUCAGAGGUCGGCGAAUCGGAUUUGGAGGCGACGUGAAGGAAAUGUUUUUACAGAUCCGAAUGCGUCAACCAGAUACCCGUUUUCAAAAGUUUCUUUUCCGACAAGACACUUCCAGAGAUCCUGACGUGUACGUUAUGGACGUCGUCAUUUUCGGAGCUAAGUGCUCACCGUGCAACGCUCACUUCACGAAGGACACUAAUGCACGUGAGCAUGCUGGUCAGUUUCCAGCCGCCGCAGAUGCCAUCCUCAAGCGUCAUUAUGUCGAUGACUAUUUUGAUAGUGCGGACAGCGAAGACGAGGCGAUUCAGCGAGCACGGGAAGUAAGGGAAGUUCAUUCGCUCGGAGGGUUUGACAUCCGUAAUUGGGUGAGUAAUUCACCUAAAGUACUCACGGCGCUGGGAGAGGAAAGUAGGUCCACUAAGGCACUUUGUUAUGACAAAUCGAUGGAAUCUGAGCGAGUGCUAGGAUUGCUUUGGGAGCCCCAGGAAGACGCGUUCAUCUUCACUAUGGGGCUGAAAGAAAAGCUGAUUCCAUACCUUGUGGACGAAAUUCGACCGACCAAACGCACCAUUCUGCAGUGCGUCAUGAGCUUCUACGAUCCUGUAGGAUUCCUCUCUCCCUUGCUGGUGCAUGGCAAGAUCAUCAUUCAGGAGACCUGGAGAAGCGGGACGGAGUGGGACGAACCGGUAACUGAUGAAAUCUUUGAAAGGUGGUUAAGCUGGACGAGAGUUCUUCCAAACAUCGAGAAGGUGAAAGUUCAGCGUUGUUUCUUCGGGAACGAAUCCAUCAAGAACAUAUCUUCGCUUCAGCUACAUAUCUUCUGCGACGCCGGAGAUGAUGCCUACGGUUGCGUCGCAUAUCUACGGUAUCAAGUAGCGGAAGAUGUCCGCUGUUCUCUGGUGGGUUCCAAAGCUAAGGUUGCCCCUCUGAAGCUGACUUCAACGCCUCGACUAGAACUGCAAGCAGCGGUAAUCGGGGCAAGGAUGAUGAAUACGCUGCUGGUAACCUUGCCGGUUCCGAUUCAGGAGCAAUAUCUGUGGGUCGACUCGACAACGGUUCUCUCGUGGAUUCGAUCAGACAACCGGAAGUACAAACCGUACGUAGCGCAUCGAAUUGCAGAAAUACUACACACGACGGAGGUCAACACCUGGAGAUACGUUCCAUCCAAGCAGAAUGUGGCAGACGAUAUGACGAAGUGGGGGCCGCGAACAACAGUGGAAUCGGAAGGCAGAUGGUUUAACGGGCCGUCUUUUCUUCAUCAACCGAUGGAUUUGUGGCCGGAGCAACCUCAGAUUAAGUCGACGGUGGCCGAGGAGCUCAGAGCAUGUUAUUUGUUCCAUCAUAUUGCUAUCACGCAGCCUAUCAUUGACGUGACCCGCAUUUCAAAAUGGAAGAUUCUUCUGAGGACGGUGGCUGUGGUGUUCCGCUUUAUUUCGAACUGCAGGCGUAGGCGUGGUGGUCUACCAAUCGAAGCUUUGAAAACCGCUGAGGGUAGGAAAUCGUCUGUGCCAGUUGUGUUGGUGGAAAUACAGUAGGAAGAGUUGGCGAAAGCGGAACGUUUGCUGUGGCGGAUGGCGCAGGCCGACGCAUUCCCGGACGAAGUUAAGAUUUUGAAGAGGAACAGGGAACUUCCAUUUGAGCAGUGGGUGUGUAUUGAAAGGUCGAGCAAGCUGUGCAAAACUUCGCCAUUUUUGGACGAUGAUGACGUUAUUCGAAUGGAAGGCAGAACAGCUCCAGCGGUAUUCGCAGCGGUUAGUACAAGAUUCCCGGUCAUACUGCCGAGAAAUCACAUCAUCACAACGAAGCUAUUGGAGGACUUCCACAUCAGGUAUGCCCAUGGCUCAAAGGAAACGGUGGUGAACGAAGUGCGGCAAGGGUAUUUCAUUCCGAAGCUACGAUCAGCAGUGAGCAAGGUGAUCGGUAACUGCUUGAAGUGUCGACUACGCAAAGCCAAACCAAUUGUGCCUAGGAUGGCACCACUACCCAUUCAGCGGAUGCAACCAUUUGUUCGACCUUUCAGUUACGUAGGGCUCGACUACUUUGGGCCAAUCGACGUCACCGUGGGAAGGCGCAAAGAAAAACGGUACGUGGCACUUUUCACGUGUCUGGUCAUACGAGCUGUGCACUCGGAUAAUGGGACGAAUUUUCAGGGGGCCAGCCGAGAGUUACGAGAGGAAUUGGAGAGGAUCGACCGGGAUUGCGCGAACACUUUUACUGGCACGAAUACGAAGUGGACCUUCAACCCACCAUCUGCUCCUCACAUGGGCGGAGUAUGGGAGCGGAUGGUGCGGUCCAUCAAGGAAGCGAUGACGGCUUUGAGUGAUGGACGAAGGAUGACCGAUGAAAUCUUGAUCACGACUUUGGCUGAAGCAGAAUUUUUGGUCAACGCACGCCCGUUGACUUACUCGGGAACAGAAGAUGCCGAAUUGGACACGAUUACCCCGAAUCAUUUCCUGAUCGGGUCUUCUUCAGGACAACACCAACCUUUUCAACCGCCAGUAUCUUUAGCAGAAGAACUGAGGAGUAGCUACAAGCGGUCCUUGGCAUUGGCGAAUGAAUUCUGGACGAGAUGGUGUAAAGAGUAUCUGCCAACAUUGAAUCAGCGAAGUAAGUGGAACGUGGAUGGCAGGUCGGUGAAGGUGGGCGACCUGGUCUUCGUCAUGGAUGACGGAAAAGGUUCUGCAGGGGUUCGUGGCGUAGUUGAGGAAGUGUUCACUGGUGUCGAUGGACGUAUACGACAAGCUGUAGUUAGAACGGAUGGGGGAAUAUAUAGACGACCAGUGGCAAAACUAGCGGUGCUGGAGAUAGGCGAUAAACCUGGGAAUACUUGCGGUGGACAGUCUGACCAGGGUUUAUGGGCUGGGGACUGUUCAAACCAACGGGAUUGACCUGUACGGCGACGAAUCCCUCGGUGUUUGACACGCUAUUGUAGGUAGUAUGUAGGUAAGCGAGGAGACUGACGUCUAUCUAUUGACAAUGAGAGCAAGCAGAUGAUGUAUAGCAUUGAAAAACGUGCAGACCAUGUGAGAUGUGGAUGUGCUUCAUGAUAGCGGAAUUUAUAUUGAAUUAGAUUGGAUUUUACAUGAUUUCGCGAAAACUGUCUACAAUUUGGUGGUUCGCAUAAAUUUGGAAGUGAGUGGGAGCUGAGUACGCGAUUUUGUGCAAUAUUAAAUGAAUUUGUUUUGUAGGCUAGGGAUUGCGGCAAAGAAUUAUUUGAUGGUGUAAAUCUCACACUUGUUUUUCUCUUAUAAAAUCUGCGAUCUUCGUUUAGAAACCGCUUUCGGGCCGUGCGUAGGAUAAACGAUUAAGGGGAAAAUUAAUGUAAGAUUCACUAAAUGCGUAACCUCAAACGAAAUUAAAAUACAUCUAUAUUUGCAGCUUUGAGCGCAUAAACCACAAUCGCUUCAGAGAAGUUUUUCUACCCGAUCACAGUCCGAACAAUACCUUUUGGAUAGCAAAUACAGCAUUCUAAAUGUUAGGUAUGCAUUAAUUAUUAAAAUAACAUUACUUGUUGUUUCUAGGCGUUAUUCAAACAAAAUUAUUGUAUUCGUUUUUAUUAUUUUGCCUCUUAUGUCCACCAAAUGAAGAACAUAUUGAGGUAUGAUAGUAUUUAGGAAUAAUAACUUGAUAUGUUAUUCUGUUGCUAUUCUUUUCUGCUCGAGAAGGGAGAACUGCUGAAGUACACCAUCGGGCAUGUUGAACGAAGUCGACGACGGUGCGGUUGAGUUGACAAGGUAUGCAGAGAGGUUUUGCAGGAGAACAACGAAGCGUGGGCGGUCAUGCUGCAGCAUGGUAUACGACAGAAUGUGAAAUGAUUAAAAUAGAAACUGGAGUGGGCCAUCCUCUUCAGGAGUAAAACGCCGCAUAGAAGAAGCAGGUUGUGAGAAAAAAGAACUACUGUGUUCAGUUCUACGAAAUGAAAUGUGCAGAGAUACGUACGGUACGGUAAUUGAAAGGUGGAAGUAACACUUCGAUGAGCAAAGCGGAGGAAACGAGUACGCGAGUGCAGUAUAGGACUUCAAUAUCUUAUGAAGACAGUUCUUUAAAUUUACCUAUAGCGAUACACAUCCACUGCCAUCAAUUAUUGAUUUAUUGUGAUAAAGAAUACAAAUCUUAGUUUGUAUCAUGCUCCUUUAAUGCACGUUCAUUGGAAUAUACGAUUAGUACCCUCGUUAUUCUUGAGUACAUUUUGCCUCAUUCUCCCCUACACUUGAAGUCUCAAGCACCGCACCGGUGGAUGGGCGCAAGCCUCCACAAUAAUAAAAGGCAUCGAACCACGAACGGAAAAAUUAGGUCAAAUUUUGAUCGUCUCCUCCUUUCCACCACCGAAAGACUUGUUGUUGGUGACUAGUUGAAGUCUCUGCCUGCAGUCUGCUGCACGGCUUGUUUGGUUUGGUUCGGUUGAAGUUUGUCGUUUCGGUUUCUCAUUGCUCCUCCGUUCGUAAACUGGUUGCUCUGGGCAGGCACGCGGUGCGGCGAGUCGGCGUGAGCGGUGAUCGAAAAGCGACCGCCGCCGGUUGCCGAUGAUUUAAAUGCGCGGCCUUGAAAAAGAAAGGAAACUGAAACCAACAAACUUCGGUCACUGUGUCAAUGCGCUCCGUUGUUGUGCUCCGCUGUGACGAGGGGCAAAACCGUUGUCGGAGUUGUGCUUUUUUGGAUGUGAAGUGAAUGAAAAGGCAACGACGACGACGCGUUGUUUGCGUGUGAUACAAAGUUGCCAAACGCAGGUGUGAACGGUUCGUGAUGGCGAAACUUUUGAUGGGGACGUUGACCUUGACAGAUAAAGGUUGCUUGAUUUUUUGGUUGUUUUAAAUGAAGCAAUGCUUGUGGCAGUGAUGGGAAGAUCAAAUGACAUUGAAUGUGAAUGUGUCGAUACUCGAUAGGAAUCUUGCAUUUAAUUUGUAUUUCGGAUAGAAAAGGUUUUGUGUGAGAACUGAAAGCUUAGGUGUUAUGGUUGUCGAGAGGAAUGAUGUGGUUGGAUUCACAUCUACGUAGUCUCGUCAGCUUAUUAAAGACAUUUUUUUUUCUAUUUAUGAUCUAAAGCUGAUAAACAGUAAGACUGCUAGGAAGGGUGAACUCCCGGUUAAACUUUUCAAAUACGGGUGAAUGUGUACCGGAGAUGAAGGACUGACUUCAAUCAGGCCAUCCCAGAUACUUAAGAUCAUUUUCUUCAAAGUUACUUAAUCCUGAUUAUAGCUUCUGUUGGUAACAUUAGUUUUUCGCGUGCAAAUUACUGUAACUACAAUUCUCGGAAAUCAAGGGCAGACAUCACAUGUCAUCCAGAUUUCUGCUUUACUCGUUGAUUUACUCCAUUUUUCAUAUAUCGGCGCCAGAAAAGUCUGUGAAGAUUCAUUCGAUCACACAUGCUCUGUAAAGACGGUUUCGGACGAUCUAUCGAGAUAUCUAAGAAUUAUAAAGACUUUUAUAAAAACAACAGAUGUUUUGAGGAUGACUGUAGUGACAUCUGAGGGCAAUACGCGAACUACAUCUCGUUUUUUACAUCAUUUGAACUUAACGCAUGUUAGACUUAGACUUCGAUAGUUCAGAUGUGGGAAAUAUCCCAAAAACUCAAAAAAAAAAAACAUAUUGGAAACUUAACUUCGCGCCGGUAGCAACUCCAACAACCAUUUAGAAACUUAAUAUGCAAACUUCCAUUGAAAUACUUAGUGUGAGGCUUGAUGGUACAUCAUACUUGGUAUAUUUUUUUGCCCGACCUGACACAGUCUUCCACCGGCCUUACUCCAUCUAGAAGUCCAAAGAAAUGUUGAUCCCAUAUAUUUUCAAAACUAGGGGAUUAUGCGAGUUGCGGUUCAAAAUUUGGCUGUGUUCGAUUUUUUUUGGAAUUUUCACCUAGGUUCGAAUGAGUGUUAUCAUUAUUGUACCAUUUAAUUCCCCCCUCUUUUGCUUAUCCUUUGACAGAUACGCGUAUUUCGACUGCCACUUGUGAUCUUCCUCAGUGUCAAUUAUCCACUGAGAAAGAUUGCAAGUGGUAGUCGAAUCUGGAAAAUGAUGAGCGGAAGAAAGCGGAAUUAAAUGCUACAAUAACUGAUUACACUCAUUCGAAGAGAGUAUUCUGCUUAGUGGGUUCGAAAAUUCGGUAAAGAUCAUUUCACCUAGGAUUGAAUGUGUUGACCGAAAACUUGAGAUUUAAAGAUUCCCUUGUCAAUAGCUACCUUGUUAACUCAAUAAUUUGUUUCGGUAUGCCCCGAAGAUUCCGCCCAAAAAUGUAUGAGAAAUUAAGCAUGAAAUUAUGAUGAAUAUUUCAUAGAACACUUUUUAAAUUAGGCAUUCCGCUAGAAUUUUAACUUUUUGUCAUUUGUCGAAGGGGAUACGCCGUUGCACAAUGGUCCACUAACCAGAUUUACGAGAAAAAAUUGACUGAUCUAGAGAUAUUUUUCUGAAUUAGCUCAGAGUGGUUCAAGAAAAACCGGUUUGCUGGCUUUAACAUUUGCAGUUUUAUUUCCUCAUCAAAGUCGCCCUAGAAACACUUGUAGAGCAUUAAAAAACGCGUCGUUUCGUGCGCGGAAAGGUCGUUAUCUUUUUUGGUUCAAUAGUUACAGGCGGUUUUCUCUCAAAAUCAUAGUUUAUUGAAAAGGUGUUACUAUGGCAAACAUAAAAAAACAUCUUUUGCCAGCAUUCAAAAGAAGAAAUAGUAUUAUAAAACAUAUCAAAAAAUAGAGGUGUGUUAUUUUUGUAACUCAAAAAAAAAUGUAAAAAAGUGCCUAUUUUUUCUAGAAAAUCAUCAACAUCUUUUGAACGGAAUGACGUAGCAACAUACUCAGCGCACGAAAAUGUGCGUUUUUGGAAGUUGUAAAAGUGGUUGACGACUUUGAUGAGAGAAUUGAAACAAAAAAGAUAAAGUUGUUUUGCCCAAAUUUGGAACAUUUUCCCAUAGUUUUCAUAGGGUGACGCUAGAACGAAUCGUUUUAUCGCUUUUUUGUUUCAAUUUCCUUAUCGAAGACGUUAAAGAACCACUUUUAGAGCUUCUGAAAACGCACAUUUUUGUUCACUGAGAAUGUUGCUACGUCAUUCCGUUCAAAAGAUAUUGAUCAUUUUCUAGAAAAAACACACUUUUCUAAUACUUUUUUCUUGGGUUACAAAAAUAACUCCCCUCUAAUUUUUUGAAAUGUUUUAUAACACUAUUUUUUUUCUUUGGAAUGCUGGCGAAAAAGAUUUUUUAUAUUAACCCCAACCCGUAAUAACGCCUUUUCAAUAAACUAUGAUUUUGAGAGAGAAAAAACGCCAGUAACUAUUGAACCAAAAGAGAUAACGACCGUCUCCGCGCACGAAGCGACGCAUUUUCAGAGUAUUUGGUUUUCUUGAGCGACUUUGAUAAGAAAAUAAAGCUGCGAAUGUUAAAGCCAGAAAACCGUUUUUUCUUGAACCGCCCUAAGUUAAUUCAGAAAAAUAUCUCUAGAUCGGUCAAUUUUAAAGCGGACAUAAAAAUUGUCUUCAUUGCUCAAAAUUGAUAGAUCUACUACUUUUCCGAAGAAUGUAUGUAGCUUUUCUUGCAAAUAAAAAAGCUUGGUUUCCAAUUUCUUUGAAAAUCCGGACCACCCUAAUAUUCAGACACAUUGGAAAGAAGCACAUAUUAUUAGGGACAACUUUGUUUAAGACCAAAUUUGUCUAAAAUAUCAUUUGAAGGCGCUGCUGAAUACAUCUUUCUUUAUUAAUGUCGCGCAAUGGCGGAAUCUCGCAUCUAAUGGUAAAUCAACUGAAAGUUCUUGACUUACCACACAACUUUUCCAAAAACACCAACUCUUUAAAUAAUCAAUACCCUGAGCUAUAUGGGAUGAUUGUUUUUGUCAGUGUUAGGUCUUCUUGUCUCUGAUAUGACAGAUAUUGAUGGCCUCAAGCAAUUUGAAGAUCUUCUGGUAUGCCUUUGGUUCAUCAAAUACUCGCAUAUAUUUAAAAAUGUUUUAACCUAAAUCGAUGACAUUGUACAGAUUAUUGAGGUAACUUUUAGUUCAAAAUAUCCAUCGGUACGAAGUAAUAAAUCUCUACGGCUAGUCUUUGGGACAACAUAAAUUGAAUAUGGGUGGUACUAGCCCGAUGAGGGGUGCCAUUACGUUAAGAAGUAUUUCAUGCUGUUGACCAGGGUGCAAAAUUUUCAUAGUCAUUGACUGAAAACAGCACGAAUUUGAAUGAUUCUGCAUUGAAUAUUCAAAAGAAGCAAAUUCAUUUUCGCUCUGUCUUUUCACACAGUCAGUCAAUUCGUAGUCAUUGGAUAUGAAGCCGAUCGAGAAACAUCUUCAUAAUUACUCACGUUUAUGGUUACGAUUCCUUCCAAAAACACUCCACAACAAUCAAAUUGGAAAAGAUCGAUGUAAAGCAUCGCUAAAUGUAAUCGAAACGUUAAUAUUUCAUCAGCAAUUAAACACUUUGUAAGAUGUUUACAAUUAUUCAUUGACUUUCAUUCAGUUGACAAACGAGUAUCUAGCAGCUGAAUAUGAAUAUGCAGGCAAGUGAAUGAAAAUUGCCGCACGGUGAACUUCAACUCGUCUGCUCGAAAAUUUUGCGCCCUGCUGUUGAAAAAAAAAAAAAAAUUGGCCCUCCGAGCCAUUUAUCACAAAACGAAUUUUCAUAGCAAUCAAGUUCUCCCAAAGCAGUGAAGAUGAUGCACGAAAUUCACAAAUUCGUGAAAAACUUGGCUGAUUGUUCUGAAUCUAACAUGAUGUGUAUUUUCGUGACGUUACAACGCGAGCAGAACCCUGUUUGAAACUGAACGGGCGUUGUAACGUCACGAAAUGUAAAAGUCGAUUAUUUCAAAUCCAAUCCGAAAUUUAUAUGUUUUAUAUCACUGAAGAACUAAUCAAUAAUUUUUAGUGAUGGGAGACAUUUUCAGAAUAACGAAUUUUUUAAAGAUGUUUGUAGCGCGGUAGUUGAGGUUUACAAUCAUUUUCAUGCACGGUGUGUCUAAAACCGUUAUUAACAAAAUAAAAUACCCAUCUAAGCGGUACCCACCAUUCGAAAGAUACAGUAUCCAGGUAUCAUCUCUGAAAUUUUGGAAAUGUUUCAUCGAGGGAAUUGAUAGUUUGAGCGAUUUGAAAUUUUAGAGCGAUUUUCAAUGAAAUUCUCUUUGAACUAUUAAUAUUCAAUCGUGGUUGUAUCACGAUCGUGGCCAACAAUCUGUCCCUCAUAAAUUUGGAAUUCAACAUUCGAAACGUAUGGUAUUCGAGUAUUCUUACUGAAAAAUUGAGAACAGUUUAUCUACGAAUUUAAAAAUUAUUGUGAAUUGGAUGUAUAAUGCAAAUCAAUAGAUUUUUACAGUAUUUAUGGCAAAUAAACGGUUACCAUUUACUACAAAUAACCAAAAUCAGUUCGAAUGCCCGCUAUUGUAGCAUUCAAUAGUUGGAUGAAAUAUGAUUUUGAUGUCUUGGAGGUACAAUGUCUCCCCCAUGUUUCGGCAAAAUCGCUGGGAACCCUCUCAGUAGCUUGCUCUCUGAACACACCAAGAGAUUUCUCAGUGUAUUCUCAGAAUUGCUUAACGUAGAACCGCUAAAUAUCAAACUUUGCAAGCAACGUGGUAUAUGAAUGGUCAAAGGACGUCUCACAAUGCUUACCCGAAGCAAAAGCAGCAUUUUUUGUAAUGUGUAGAAGCAAUUAAAGCAUUGUUGGGCGAUUUUUAUUAGCCUCACGGCAUGGUGAAACAGCAUUGUCAUCAUUCUUGCAAGCGAAACUCCAUAUUUGUUGUGUAAAUGUAAGUUAUCGGUAUGGAUCAGGAAUUAAUAUUGACUGCCACUCCCCAACCUGCUCUGCACAUACUUAACUCUAGGAACGCAUUGUACAAAGCCGCCAAAAAAGGUACAGUUGUGGUCCAUGAUGGCUGUUGUGACUCAACUUGUGAGACAUCAGCAACGAACGUAUGGCUUCACAGGAAAAGCAUGUCAUAAUUUAAAGGGCGCUUUGAUGAUUCUUGAAGGAGGUCCUAAGCUACGCGAUCUUUGAAAUGUAAGCGUUUAAUAAACUAUGAUGGUUUAAUAAUAAUUAUAUUUCAGGCAUUAAAACUCUACAAAGACAUCUACAGAGCUUGUUUCAUAGAUAAAUUGGAUCUAGAUUAUACCACGUUUAAGGCUAGGUUUAGAACGAUAUGGGAGACCCUUAAUUUGCCGAAUUUCUCAAUGUUUCAUAUUUUGAAGUUCAAGUUGCUGGUCUGAGAUGAAACAUACUGGAAAAUCUCUGCGUGUGUUCGGAGAGCAAGCUACUGAGAGCGUUCCCAGCAAUUUUUCAGAAACAUGGUAGAGAUAUCGUACGCCCAGACAUCUAAAUCCUAUUUCAACCAGCUGUUGAAUGCCGUGAUUGACUACAACAGCGGGCAUUUGAAUUGGUUUUGGUUAUUUGUAGUAAAUAGUAACUGUUUAGUUGCUACAAAUACAGUCAUACCUCGAUAUAACGUAACCUCGAUAUAACGUAACCUCGAUAUAACGUAACUCGAUAUAACGUAACUUUUACCUCGAUAUAACGUAACUUUUUUUUGGAUCCAACUUUUCACUAUUUAAAUAAGUAGAGUGAUUUACAAAAUUUUCUAUAUGAUAUUACACCCCUCCUGGAACCAAGCCUGCUAUCCAGUUAUGGGUUAUAUGACAAAUUUCAAAGUUUUAUAAGAAUUGUCGGUGUCACUGUUGAUAAGAAAUGUUAUAUAGCUUUUCCCGGAACAAACAUUACAUCUUCUACUCAUUAUUGACAUCACAUCCCUACUGGAACAUAGCCUUUAAACUCCAAACGAGAUGACAGUAGACAGCAUUGGUAGUGAACUCGAUUUCGUGCGAUACUGGGUGUAAGAACGCCAGUAACGGUCCGCUUUGUCUUAGAGUAAAUUUUGCAGAAAAUCACUAGAGAAAUUCUCUGAUAAAUCCCUGGAGGAACUUCUUGAGAAAUCACUGGAGAAAUUCGCGAAGAAAUCCUCAGAAGAACUCUUGAAGGAAUUUCUAAAGAUAUUCCUGAAUAAAUGGUGGAACUCCUGGAGGAAUGCCUGGAAAAAAAUCGUACUUUAUCCUCGGAGGAAUUUCUACCGCAAUAAACAUUAGGGUGGGUCAAGGGUUAUAUGGAAAAACGUGAAUUCGAUCGUAUCUAGCCAGAUCAAGGUUUUUUCGAUUCCAUUUGGGGUCCUUAACAACUGGUCAAAAUUUGAGAGGGAUCGGUUACGCCUACGUUUUGCGCAUCGCGAUUGAAAUUUGUAUGGAAAUUCGUAUGGGAAAACGUGCUUUUUUGUAUUUUUCCUAUUUCAUCUACUAAUUUAACUAAAGUCAUAAUACUAAACCCGUUAAAGUAUAGUUCAUGAUAUACCUUACAACUUUGCCGAAGACAGCAGGGUGCUAAAGUGCUCACAAAAAAAGUUAUUAUGCUCCAAAGUGAGGUAUAUCGAAAUAUAUGCUGAAAAUGACUUUUUCUGCCAUCACUGCCCGCUGGGUCAAUUAUAAACUGCUAUAGCACUUUGUGGAUGCAUUCUAUCAAUUUGGUGUCUUCAGCAAAGUUGUUUGGAUUUACAUGCUCUUUGAAUUGCAUUUGGACAUUAGUUCGAAAUUUCACCGCAUAGGUGGCGCUGCGAUACAAACUUUUUUAUUUCGCAUCCUAGAGCUUUGGCGUUUUCGGCAAUGUUGUAGAACAUGAAAAGUUAUGAAAAUUUGUCGAAGACACCAAAGCUCUAGCACUCAACCCAGCGAAGUUAUAGCGAAAAUAGUAAAUCGUAUCUCAAAGUUUACGUUUUUACACUUUUUUAUAUACUUCUUAUAGUGCCAUGAAUCGUCGUAAUCGCCGUAAACGUCGUACUGCCUGCCUACUGUGUUUUUUUGACAUACAGCUCCAUAGGGACAUUUCUCGCAAAGUUAUCUGUGCGGGAGCCCCCAAAUCAAAGGGGCUACAUCCUCAAUAGCGUUGGUAGAUCGCUUACGCUGAGAGUUUACUACUUGAACAUACAUACACUGAACUACAAAUCAACCCAAAUUUAAGUUGUUUUGACGCAAUCCCGGUCUUCCGUGGAACAACUCAAAUUUGCGUUAAACAGCGAAAGUGGUGAGUGAGUAGUUCUCGUUUGAGAGCGGCAAAAAAAUUAACCCAGUGGUAAGUUAUUUUCACCCAACGGAGGCCUCAAAUGACGCAAAUUUGGGUUAAUUCAAGAAAACCCAAAUUUGGCUUCUUCCACGGAAGAGCAGCGGAUGCGUCGGUGCUUCUCUCUUUGUUUUCGACAACAUUGCGGUGGGACGAGGGAGAAAACAACCCAACUUUGAGUUAAAACUUUAAGCAGUUUAGCCAAAUUUGAGUUUUUAAAACUUAUUCUUUGGGUUAUAAUAUUUUUCCGUGUAUACCUCGCACUAUAAUGAUUAAAAGUAAUAUCAUUCGUAAUAUAUUAGUUAUAUUGGCAGAUAAGGAAGGAGUAUUCUCAAAUAUAUAUUUUAAUAUGUACAAUUACCUACUUUCAAGGUAGCUGCAAUGUAGUACAUAUGUCACACGUAGUACAAAAACGUAAACUUUGAGAUAGGAUUUACUAUUUUCGCUAUAACUUCGCUGGGUUGAGUGCUAGAGCUUUGGUGUUUUCGACAAAUUUUCAUAACUUUUCAUGUUCUACAUCAUUGCCGAAAACGCCAAAGCUCUAGGAUGCGAAAUAAAAAAGUUUGUAUCGCAGCGCCACCUAUGCGGUGAAAUUUCGAACUAAUGUCCAAAUGCAAUUCAAAGAGCAUGUAAAUCCAAACAACUUUGCUGAAGACACCAAAUUGAUAGAAUGCAUCCACAAAGUGCUAUAGCAGUUUAUAAUUGACCCAGCGGGCAGUGAUGGCAGAAAAAGUCAUUUUCAGCAUAUAUUUCGAUAUACCUCACUUUGGAGCAUAAUAACUUUUUUUGUGAGCACUUUAGCACCCUGCUGUCUUCGGCAAAGUUGUAAGGUAUAUCAUUAACUAUACUUUAACGGGUUUAGUAUUAUGACUUUCGUUAAAUUAGUAGAUGAAAUAGGAAAAAUACAAAAAAGCACGUUUUCCCAUACGAAUUUCCAUACAAAUUUCAAUCGCGAUGCGCAAAACGUAGGCGUAACCGAUCCCUCUCAAAUUUUGGCCAGUUGUUAAGGACCCCAAAUGGAGUCGAAAAAACCUUGAUCUGACAAAAAUGUUCCGAUGACCCACCCUAAUAAACAUAGUUAUUCCUGGUAACAUUCAGGGGCAGUCCUGAAUUACAUAAGGAACUUCUGUAUAAAUCUCAGUAGGAAAUUCUGGAGAAAUUCGUGCACUGGUGGAAUCCUAGUUGGAUUUUCAAGAAGGGUCACAGUGAGAAUCCAUGGAAAAAAACUCAGGUUGAAUUCCUGAAGUAACUUAAAAAAAAAUCCGCGCUGCAUUCCAGGAAGAAUUCCUGGAAAAAUCAAAUAGAGUAAAGUGGGGCAAAAGUUCGAGUGGGGUAAGAGUUUCUUUUGAAGUUUUUGAACUUAAUUCAAAUUAUAUCUUUCGGGUGUCAAGGUUGUUCGAAGCCUUUUUGAAAAAGAGUCUUUCACUUCAAAAAUUAUGAAAAUUGAUCAAUAUUUCGAAAAGUUAUGACAAAAUGUUGGUUUUUGAUCAAAAAGUUGUAAUAUGCGAUGGUCCUUCCAACGCAUGUAAUGGAAUUGUAAUGAAAUCUAAUUCGAUAUUUUGUUUUGGGACGUAACUAGGUAUAUUUUGAAGAUGCUUUAGCAUAUAUAACUUUUUGCAAAAAAGAUUUGGAAAUCAUAUUUUACACAUAGUGGGGCAAAAGUUCGAAUUGUGGGGCAAGAGUUCGAGUCAUGUAGCAACUUUAGGCAAAAACCUAAAAAUCUGCAAAAUGUACAUAUUAUCUCUAAAAAUGAUAGAAUAAGUAAGAAAAUUCGAUCAAAGUAAAAAAAAAUGCUGUUUUAUAUGAAUUUGGCGAAGUAAAUUUAACCCUGAUUUGGGUAAAAUCCAGAUCGAACUUUAAAGUGUAUUCCAGUUCCAACAUCAAAUAUUAAUUGGUUUUAGGUAUUCCAAUUACCAAAGCGUCGAAAUAGUGUGCUACGGUUAGUGAAAUUCCACAAACACUAGAUUCGAACUUUUGCCCCAGUGGUGGGGCAAGAGUUCGAAUUAGACACACACAUACAAAAAGUGUUGUAACCCAAAAUUGAAAAGACAUCUGGCGUAACUUUGUUCAGCAAAAUUUUAGCUCAUGGAUGGUAGAAUCACCACACGGUAUUCAUUUAUUUAUAUCUGGUUCAAUUUCAUGAAAAAAAUUGAAUUUUCAACUAGGGUCGAACUUUUGCCCCACCUUACUCUAAGGAAUAUCCGGAGGAAUCUUUGAAGAAAUUUCUAAUGGAAUUCUAUCUGUUAUUCUUGGAGAAAUCCUUGCAUUUUUUUAAAGAAUUACUUCUGUAUCUCAGAAGGAAAUUUCCAAGGAAUUACUGGAGAAACUUAUGAAGAAAUCACAGAAGUUUUUCUAGCGGGAUCUGAAGAGGAAAUCUUUUGGAAACUCCGUCAUUGUGCUGGAUGAGUUGCAGCAAGAAUACCUGGGUGAAUCUUGGCGAAUAUCCCAAGUAACACACUUGUCUUAGAAGACAGCGGCGCAGGUUUUCAUGGCGCAGAAGUCACUGUCUCCAGUUAGCCUAGUGGUUAAGGCUAUGGAUCGCCAAUCCGGAGACGGCGGGUUCGAUUCCCGUUCCGGUCGGGAAAAUUUUCUCGACUCCCUGGGCAUAGUGCAUCAUUGUACUUGCCACACAAUGUACAAAUUCAUGAAAUGGCAGGCAAAGAAAGCCCUUCAAUUAAUAACUGUGGAAUAGCUCAAAGAACACUAAGUUGAAGUGAGGCAGGCCAAGUCCCAUUGGGGACGUCGAGCCAUAAAGAAGAAGAAGAAAAAGAAGAAAAAGAAGUCACUGCGUUUUACUUCUAGCAAGUAAGAAUUCAUUUGUUAGAAGUAAGUCACAGUGGCUCCUGCGCAACAAAACCUGCGCCGCCGUGGGUCUUCUGCGACAAAUGUGUUACUUGGGACUCUUCGAACAGGAAUAGUUGAUAUAUUGGAACUUUUUGGAGGAUCCUUGCAGGAGUGACUGGAGAAAUCCUAAAAGAAAUUUUAAGAGGAACGACAGAAUUAAGCCUUGGAAAAAUCUUGGACAGAAUAAAUCUUGAAAAGCAAAUCUCUUUGGGGAAUCCUACAGAAAUCCCUUGAGAAACCACGUGGAGGAAUCAUAUCAAGAACAUCUGAAGCAAUUAAGGCAGGCGUUCCUAAAUAUAUCAUAGCAGAUAUAAAAUUCAGUAAGAAUUUAUGGAGGAAUCAUAGAAGAUUGAAGGAUCCUUGAAUAAAUAUCCUUAGAGAACUUCAGGAUGAAUCACAUGAUGUAUUUCAUGAGGUACUCAACCAGGAACUCCUGGGUGAAUUCCCGAAUUAUUUCUAGAGGAAUCCCGAGAGGAAUUCCUGGAGGCAUCAUCGGAUUAUAAUUUUGCCUGCGUCACAUACAUGUCUUACUUAUAAUCACACCAAUAGAUAACGCUUGACGUUUGAUCAGGUCUAGAUGCAAAAAAGAAGAAGAAUCUUGAUAUAUGUGACAUUGGCUUAAAUUGUUAAAUAUAAAGAGAUAUGCUAAGUAUUCGAAUUAUGUAUGAUCUUACAAACUUUUAAAAAAAUAUAUAAAAUUCAAUGAUGAAAAAAAAUAUAUAAGAAAGGCAGAAAAUCACUGUUGGGUGAUUAACAUAAUGGUUAUUUUCUUUUCAAAAUAUGUAUUUAAAACGAAAUUCGUGAAAAAAAAAUUUUGCUUCGAUAUAACGUAACUUCGAUAUAACGUAACGAAAAUAAAAUUGCAGUUACGUUAUAUCGAGGUAUGACUGUACUGUGAAAACCUAUGGAUUUAGAUUAUAAAUUCAAUUCACGAUCACUUUUGAUUCCGUAGAUAAAAUGUUCUCAAAUUUCAGUAAGAAUACUCGAAUACCAUACGUUACGAAUGUUGAAUUCCAAAUUUAUGAAGGACAGGUCGAUGGCCACGAUCGUGAUACAACCACGGUUGAAUAUAAAUCAGGCCAAACAUUUCAAUAGGUCCUAUCUGCAUUUGAAAGGCUCUCUUUGUUUACUUUCUCUUUCAAUUAUUGCAAUGUAAUGGUACACUUUUUAACUAUUUUUGCAGUACAAAUCGAAAGACGAUUUUUUUGAUCAUCGUUCAAUGCAAGGAGACAAUCAUAAUACAAAUAAACAGCAGAUAUAUUAACGCAAGAGAGGGAAAUCAAAAAGAGCCUCUCUUCUGCAGAUAGGACCUUUAGACAUGUUUGGCCUGAAAUAGUUCAAAGAGAAUUUCAUUGAAAAUCGUCCUAAAAUUUCAAAUCGCUCAUACUAUCAAUUCCCUCCAUGAAACAUUUCCAAAAUUUCAGAGAUGAUACCUGGAUGCUAUAUCUUUCGAAUGGUGGGUACCGCUUAGAUGGGUAUUUUAUUUUGUUAAUAACGGUUUUAGACACACCGUGGAGUUAUAGUGGAAAAUCUUACUAUGAAUGCGUCGAAACGUUGUAAUGUCACGGUAGAAUGUGUCUUAUACUCUUUUUAUUCGUAAAUUUUUACUUUUAACUAGUUCUACACACAUUUUGCACAGUUGUUCUGGAUGCUAAUAUAAUACGUAUUAGGAUAUUAGAUUUAAUGUUAACAGAGUUACUGUAAAUUAAUUUUUGUAUACAUUAUCCUCACUAAUGUAGUAGUUUAUAAGGUUUGUCCUUACGCUGCUGUUAUAUGUAAUAAAUAAAUAAAAAAUAAUAUAAAUUAAAAAGCUAUGUUAGAAAAAAAUCGACCUUGUUCGUCUAUGUUUUUUUUUUACAAUUUUUUGCAUAUUUUCAUGUAUUUUUUUUUAAAUUUUUUCUUUACAUUUUUCUUUAUCCUGAUUUUUUUUUUCAAUGGCGGAAUAACUUCCAUAUUUUUCAGGUUUCAAAGCGAAAGAGAUAGAAAGAGCUUUGAAUAUGAUUAUAGUUUGUUUAGUUGCAUUUGUAUUUCAUUCAAGCAUCUCAAACAAAAAAAAAUGAUACUUGUCUCGCAUUAUUCUCUAGCUUGAACACAGCACUAAGACAGUCACUAUUUUUAACAAACAAUUUAAGUUAAGGCUGUUAAGGAAAGUGAAAAAUGUAGAUUAUUUCAGUCUGAUCAUCAUUUCUUAAUUUCAAUCUUCAUUUUAUUGACGGGUCGGAUGCAUACAUAAAGUCAUAAAAUACGGCUUGACUUCUCUCAUUGACUGGGCCAUUGCUCGAUAUUUACAGUGUUCAGGGCCGGAUCUAAGGGGGGGCCGGGGGGCCCGGGCCCCCACAUUUUAGGGGCCCCCACAAAAAACGUUUUUCGUUGCUAACAUUAGCUUUAUUUUUCAUAUUACUCAAGUACUGUUUUGAAAAUAAAGAAAAACAUUUUUGGUCAUCUCUCCGAGGGGCCUCCACAUCCCCUCGGGCCCCGGGCCCCCACAAUCCUUAAUCCGGGCCUGACAGUGUUGCUUAAUUUUCGCAGCACCAUCACAGCGUUUUUGUGUGCUUUGACUUAAGCAACAACUGAUCACCUGUCGCACGCCGUAGAACCGUCGAGGAGGCGUCGAUCUCGAACGAACGCCCAAAAACAAGAUUGCAUUUCUGACCGCGAUAACGCAAGCAGUUCCAAAAAAGCCAAGGCCAAUAGCCACCCGUCGUCGGUACCCCGGUUAAACACUGUGUCUGAGUCUGGUGAGUAGCAGUGAUCGGUUCAAAGCCACUGAACGCGCGAACGAAAUCAACCGCAUCGAAAACAGAUUAACGCCUGCGUGCGAAGAAGCCGGCUGCAAACACAGUUUGUCACGUCGCACGUCGUUGUUGUUGUUCGCUGAAUCGCUGUUGCUGUUGCGUUCAUGUUGUUGUUUUGUAGCAGUUAUUGCUACAUCCUUUGCUUGUCGGCCGGCGAUGCACCGCGGCGUGACAUAACCGUACCGCGUGCAUGCGGUAUUGGUAUUUGGAUUGGUUCUGAUUCAUAACAAAACGGUUAGCGUGAUGGGAACAGUGUGUUUUAAAAGCUGAAAUCAGCUUUUGAAUUAGCAGUUUUGCAAGGAUGUCGUCGUUUUUAUUUAGAUGUUGAUCUGCCAUCGCAGACUCUCAGUGGCGAUUAAUAAUUGCAUGGUUGCGGGUUUCCCAUAGCCGAAAAAGCAUUUGCAAUCCUUGAAAAAUUGUAUUGUGUUGAUCAUUCGUUCGGGGUUCGGAUCAGUUUAACACAAUUUCGAGGUGGCCAGUGAUUCAUACAGCAAGAUCACAGACCAUUAUCUCGACAUUUCGUUGAAGGUCGCGGCUUCGCAUCAUCUUGCAGAUGCAUUUGCUUCUUUUGAUUGCUCCUGACCUGCCUUUAGAUGUUGAGGUAGCCCACACUUUGUUUGGUUAAGCAAAUAAAACGACACAUGUUGGAUUCUUUGAAUAUGUAUAUGUGUCAAUGUGUCUUAUUCAUUUUUAAAGAACACGGUGUCUGUGGGGAUAAACAUUGUCUAAAAAAAUCAGUAGCGUUAAGACGAAACACUAGAGAAUACAAAUAUGGCUGCCACAAUGGCCAAAAAAGGGUUUCUUGAUGUUUCACCUCAGUCUCCCGUUAGCCUAGUGGUUAAGGCUAUGGAUCUCCAAUCCGGAGACGGCGGGUUCGACUCCCUUCCCGGUCUGGAAAAGUUUCUCGAUUCCUUAGGCAUAGUGUAUCAUUGUACUUACCACACAAUGUACAAAUUCAUGCAAUGGCACUUCACAAUUAAUAACUGUGCAAUUGCUCUAAGAAUACUAAGUUGAAGAGAGGCAGUCCAAGUUCCAAUGCGAACGUCGAGCCAUAAAGAAGAAGAAGAAACCCGACAUGAUUGACGGCUGGUCGUCAACGAACCAGAUCUGGACUGUACGGCAAAUUCUUCAAAAAAUUCUAUGUCCCAAAGCAUUACCCGUUCAUCAACUUUAAGGCGGAAUACAUGAAAAAUUAUAAACGAGAACGACUUUCUGCGGAAGCUGACUAGACUGAUCAAGGCAGCAAUGGCCAUUGGCCGGUGUAUAAUUCAUUCAGAUCGCUCCAUGAACUGUGACAAGGUGAUGAGCUUUCAUGGCUUAUUUUCACCAUGACUGUUGAAAGUGUAACGUGUAACAGCCGAGGUACGAUUUUCACGAAAUCCGGUCGAUUUGUAUACUUUGCGGACGACUUUUCGAUUUUUUUAAAUUAUUUUUCUGCAGUUCAAAUCAGUAAAGUUUUGAUUGUAUAGAAUGGAAAAAUGUUCCAUUUGGUGGUUGACGGGAUAUUUCAUAUCGCUCCUAGCCUUCGUGGGACUUUUCUAAAGGUGAAAAAUGGUAAAAUAGCACAUUCUACCAAUUUGGACAAAAAGCACAUUUCACCAAUUUGGAUGAAAAUUUGAAUAAAACUUUGUUUUACCUAACACUAAAACUACUACUGACUAGCUAUAUUUCAGAUUUUUUUUAUGAAAAGGUCUAGCUACAGUAUCGGACAAUAAAAAUGCUCCAAAUCUGUUUUCCCAUACAUAGUCAACUUUAGGUUGUCAUAUUUCAUUCAUUUCUUAACCGAUUGAUAUAAUUUUUCUGUGACAAACUACAAAGUACGUUCGUGUUGGUGAGAGAUGGUACUGGAGAAGCAAUCAACAUGAGCUCUGAGGCUAAAGAAUUAACAAGAGAUUUAUAAGCUGCAAGUGCUACUAAAGCCGAAGAAGAAUAUAUGGGAUGACAAAGAGUAAAUAUUAUGGGCAGGUUUGUUCUCUUCGUCAUGGGGGUUUCUUUGUUGGUCAAUUUGCUUGAAAUUUGGGCAUAAAAAGCAUAAAAAAGAACAAAACUGCCGAAAAUACGUAAGUCAUCUGUUAAGAAAGAUGUUUAACACCAAUAGCAUCAUUUCUAAGAUCAAUAAUAUCGAAAGCUCUAGUGAUAUGGUUUCUAUUUUCAAUGAAACGAUCCCACUUCGAUAUCGCUGCACCGAUCCAACGUUUCCGGAAGCAUUUAAACAAAUUCUUACCCGACACAAUAAUCAUAAUCUUACUCAAUAAGCUAAGCGUCGCACUUGAAGCCGGGCGCACAACCUGAUCCCAAGAGUAGGUAAAAGCCCAUUAUCAUGCCACGGUCACGUUCUCUUUUGUUCCUUUGCGAAAGCAAAUCGGAUUAGGUUGUGGUACCAAUUGAGAUUGUCGCGGCAUGAGCCCAACACCAAACCAAUCGAUCGCCACUUACUUCACCUUAGGCAGCGCGUGGCGGCGCGGCGGCUUGCUAUUUCAAGCUAUUCGAUUCGGUUUGUUUUCUGGUGUAUCGCGCCAGGAAAUCAAAUCAAUCAAUGACUGGGGAUGAAAGUGAAGUUUUUUUGCUGGAAGUCGAGUAGGAAAUGGUUCACAGGAAUUAGGAACACAGGGCCAUGGAUCCCAUAGUUAUCUUACGUUCCCGAACUCACCCAAUUCGAAAACAAAGACAUUACGAGACCCAAACGAAAACGAAUAGCGCUUCAAUUGAAAAAAAAAACAUAGGAUGAAAAUGAGAGUAUAUAUUCUUAGUAGGAAACCGACAUCCUAUUUAUGUUGUUUUAGUUUAUUGAACUUUUUACCAAUCGCUAAUUCUUGAUUGUUUUUCUCAUAUCUUUGGUGUCCUACUGUUUGUUUGGAACUCUGUUGUUGUUGCUUCUCUCUUGACACACGAUUAUUUUAUUUUAUCCAACGUUUCAGUCCAGUGGGGUCCAGUGGAGCCUGCUUCCCAGCUCAGUGAGCACUUUCACAGUUAUUAAUUAAGAGCUUUCUUUACCAAAAAAACAAAUGCUAUCUUCAAGGAAAUCAAGGAAAUUUCCAUGACGACUAGUUCCACGGAUGACCGGGAAUCGAACCCGUGAUCAUCAGCAUCUUAUGGUCGACUUUAUGAUCAUUAUGUCACACGUGACAUAAUGUUUAGAAAGUUAAACAGAAUGAUGAAGAGCGAGUUUAUAGUAUAGAGAAAGAUUGUUACCAAUGAUAUAUAUGUAUUUUUCAAGCAAAUUGAACUCAUAUUACAAAUAAAGAUACUAUUAUACGUUAUGCACCCUUUCGCAAGAUUUAUGGAUAGGGAAAAUCACCAUCAGGAAAUGAUUGAAAUGAUUUGGUCGUCCAGCCGUCGAACAACGGCCAUCAACUGCGGCUAAAUUUCAUAGAGAUGCCAAUUUUCUCCAUUCUGUCUGUACUGCUUCGGGUACAUUUUCAGCUGAUGUAAGUAAGUAAGUAAGUAAACUCUCCUGCCAAUGCGAUGAUUCGCAAUGCAGCUGGUCUAAGUACCGGUGGCUAAUUCGACAAUUAUUGUUUUUUUGUGGUGGCUCGAAGCUGCACGGUGGGUAGAUUCCAUUAUACUAGCGAUGCGACGUAAUGCCUAAUGAGUGAAUGCAGACGGAAUGCCCGUGAGCACGCAGUAUAUGUUUAGAGGUAAUCGAGGCAAUAAAUGGGCUUUUACAGUAGGGUAUUAACUGAAGCAACAGGAUGCAUCAAAUAUAGUUCACAUAGGGAUCAAAUUUGGUCGGCGUGGUUGAAUUUUAUAGCUUUCAGUGUUAUUAUCAUCAAUAAACACCAUAUAAUAUAAUUAUUGACACAAAAAGACCGGGUCUUGGUAGUAAGAUCUUGUUUAAUAAACAACUCGGGCAACACCACUUGUAUCCUAUAUGCAGUUAGUAAUAUACAUUUCAGUGACAAUCAUUGAUAGUUCAAAUUACGGACCACAUAACACGUGUAAUACUUCUAUUGAGCAUGAGCAUAGAUGAACGCACAAUUCGUUGUUGCUACUCCGCAUAACACGUUUAAUACUUCUAUUAACCUAAAAACUAUCAAAGCGAAAUAGCUCUGCCUCUGAAAUGGAGCAUGAGCAGACUACACCUGGCUUUACUACCUCCAUCAGCUAUGACUUAACUACUGCAAAAUGCAUCAUAAAAGCAGUUCAAGUUCCUUGUUGCUUAAUUGCACUUUCUGAGUCACAAGUCCGAGAAGUGCCAAAAACUUAGGUGUUACUCAACGUAUAAUAUGCGAAACAGACACUGCUGGUGAAAAAGACAUAUGCCGGUCGGAUCUGUAACCCACUUUACGCCCCCCAUUUUCCAGAAUAUGUUUCAACUUGUACAGUUAUGUUUUGUUUGGUGACUAGUUUAUAUUCAGCCCUAACCUAAUGGUCCCAUUACACAUGUGGACCUAUCCUUGUUAUGUAUAACAAAUAUGUGGGAAAGCAUGCCCAACAUAACUCGUGCGUUCUAUUUGGGACUUCCCCAGAUAAUCUUCCCGGCAUUUCUCUCAAAGUUUCUACAGCACUUAUUCUUGGGAUUUCUACUAUUUAGAGCUACUCCAAGGGUUUCUUAAGAAGUUUUUCAUAAAUUUUCUGCAGGAGUCAUUUUCGGGAUUUCUUCUGGAAUUCUCCUGUUAAUUGUUCAAGAAAUAUCCGUGCGCCUUCUUCUAGAGUUUCUCCUUGGAUUUCAGCUAUUAGCUCCUAAUUCAUAUUCAGCUCCUAAGGAUUACAGCUGGGAUAUUUCCUAAAAUGAUACUUCCUGAAGGAUAUUUCUUAAAUGUGUUUUUGUUGAAGUUUUACCUGAUACAUAUUUCUCUCGGAGCUUUUCUCGGGAAGAAAGAUUCCUUCCAGUAUUGGACCUGGGAUAUCUCUUGAAGUAGUUUUUUAAUAAAUCCGGCACUUUUUCCUAAGAAGGUUUUCGGGGUGCCUUUAAGAUUUCUGCAUUAGCUAUUGCUAACAGUUUUUAUGAACCUUGAAGAUGAACCUGCCUUGGGCUGAAAAUCUCCCUAAUAAAGCUAUUAAUAAUAGUUUUCAUGGUGUUCUUCCUGUGAUUUCUUUACAUUUCUCGUAGUUUUCAGUAUUUAUUGUAGUGAUCCUCCUGAUUUUUGUUACAGAUUUUCUCGGAAUUAUUCCCAGAACUCUUCCCGGAAUUCUUAUCGAAAAUAGUCCCGAGAUUCUGGGUGCUCCUUUUGGGAUUCUUUCAAUAGUUCUUGCUGGAAAUGAAUUAACGGCUGGUCGGGCCCGUAUGAACUUGAUCAUCAAUAUUAACUUCUUUUUUCGAUCAGCCUAGCGCUACCCACACUACACAGCUGGGUAGCGGUUGGUUCAACUGGCUAAGAAUAGCACUACGGACCGCCUGUUCCAGUGGUAAGAGUCCACCAACAGGUGACCCCUAAUUCAUGGUGUGAUGCGGCUUCAUGCUUACCGUGCCUAGCAAUGAAUGGCUAGGGGGGCCUAAUAAAAACCUAACCGCAAACGGAGCCUGUGGAGUACCAGGGCGCCCUCCACAGUAUGUUGCCCUUACUACGCUAACCGGAGCAAUGGUGCAGUGGACCUUGUGUUUCUCCGAGACAAUCGGCUGCCCUUCUUUAGUCUCACUUGAGGCUAAAUAAGGGCGGGAUUAUGAAGAUGUUGUUAAUUAGUUUAAAUUUUCACCUAUAUGGCUUCGCAUUAUGCGAUUUACACAGUGUAUUCUGUGUAUCCUCGCCUUUGGCGUUUUCCAACCGAUACCGAUCUGGUUUUGUUGCUGCUGUUCUUUGUUGUGCUGUUGUUGCGAAGAGUUUAAUCUUGCCUAGUUUGGGUAGUGGCUACGGUUAGGAUAGUUCAGAUCAAUCUUCAGCAUAAAAGAACAGCAACAAUCAAUCUUUGCAGACUUGCAAAAUGGUACAGCCCAAGUGGCCUUGGUCCAAGAACCUUACUUCCGUAAGGGGAAUUUCUAUAUAGGAAACCUUGUGAACCCGGUGUUUGCUACUUUCAGUAAACAUGAAAUGGCAAACUCACGUGUCAUGCCUCGAGCCUGUGUGCUUGUCAACAACGCAAUAGUUGCUACACUCAUCUCUGAACUAACCACCAGAGAUGUAUGUGCUAUCACAAUAGAUGUAUCUGUUGGAAACCUCAAUAGGAAAUACGUCUAUUGUUCGGUUUAUUUACCGCAUGAUGAACCAUCCCCUACGGAUGCUUUCAAACAAGUCAUCGCAUACUGUACUUCAAAAGACCUUCCGCUAAUUGUUGGCAGUGAUGCUAAUGCUCACCAUAUCAUCUGGGGUAGCUCAGACAUUAACUUGAGAGGCUCCAGUUUGAUGGAGUACUUAACUGCCCCCAUUCGCACAACAGUCCCAUGUGAAUAGGAAACCCAGCAAACAUGGGACUGUUAUGCGAAUAGGGGCAGUUAAGUUGUAUAGAUCUUGCAUUACUUAACAUAGGCAACCGCCCACCUUCAUGGUAUCUGCUAGAGAGGAAGUGUUAGACAUAACGCUAUGCUCUAGUAGAAUUAGUCACGAGCUGACCAAUUGGCAUGUGUCAGAUGAAGAAUCCUUAGCUGACCAUCGCUACAUCUUUUUUGAACAUUUAAAUGUUACUUCGCAAACAUUGCGUUUUAGAAAUCCCCGGUCAACAAACUGGGAUCUUUUUACUGAUUUGGUAGCGGCCAAAUUUCAUGGAUACUCACCAUCUAUUGACACUCCAAGUGUUUUAGAUGAUGCCGUUGAUACUACAACGACCUUUAUCAUGGAAACUUUUGAAGAAGCAUGUCCUCUACGGCCUGUGAAGAUCACAAGAGGAACCCCUUGGUGGAACUCUGAUCUGGCGAAACUCAGGAAACAAUGUAGAAAGAGUUGGAACAGACGACGUUCGGCUGGUUUGGAGGCUUUCAGGUCGGCUCGCAAGGCCUACAGGAAAGCUCUCCGGUCUGCUGAACGAUCCGGCUGGAAAAACCUUUGUACUAAUGUUUCCACUUUGAUUGAAGUCAGUCGGUUAAAUAAAAUCCUUGCGAAAUCUAUGGAUAUCCGAAUGACCGAAAUUCGUUUGCCAAAUGGCCAUCUGACUUCCUCUGAUGAGGAGGUUCUGGAAUACUUAUUCAGCGCACACUUCCCUGAAUGUAUGGAUACAUCUUCGGAUGAACCUGAUGUCUUUUCUUGUAGUUACGAUUCCCUGGCUUCGGCUCGGAGUAUUGUAACUAUAGAAUCGAUUGAGUGGGCACUUAAUAGCUUUGCUCCUUUCAAAUCUCCUAGGGCAGAUGGGAUUUAUCCUAUUUUACUUCAGAAGGGAUUUGAUCAUUUCAAACAUGUUUCGAAAAAACUACUUGGUUGCAGUUUUGCUACAGGGUAGGGUAUUGGUUCCCUUAUUAAGCAUGUGGCUCCCAUUUUCAUCCCACGAAAAACAAAGGAUUGAAGCGUUGUUUGUUUUGUUUCUUAUUUUUGUAUUUUUUGUUAGAAGUGAGCACCCAUGGAAACAAAAAGAACGGAGUCAAUCGGUGCCGUAAUCGCUUGUUUUCGGAUAGGAUGAAAAUGGGAGCAUGAGAUUACUGAUGGCACACAUACCCUAUAUCCCCAAAUCCUGGCGGGAUAUUACUGUGAAGUUUAUUCCAAAAGUGGGUCGUGCGUCGUAUGAAGAAGCAUAGAGUUUCAGACCUAUCAGUUUGACCCCUUUCCUUCUGAAAUGCUUAGAACGCAUUGUAGAUCAUCACAUCCGUGAUGUUCAUCUGGCCAACGUGCCUUCUCAUGUGAACCAACAUGCCUACCAAUCUGGUAAGUCCACUGUGACUCUUUUACACAAGGUUGUUUACGAUAUCGAAAAAGCAUUCGCUCAAAAUCAACCUUGUUUGGGUGUUUUCUUAGAUAUCGAGGGUGCCUUUGACAAUGUGCCUUUCGAUGCCAUAUUGGAAGCCGCACGGAGUCAUGGUAUAUCUCCAAUGAUUUCCAAUUGGAUUCAUCAUAUGCUCAAAAAACGGAUAUCUCUUCUCGACAUUGCGUCUAGCAGGGAUUAGGAAAUUGAGUGUUUGUGGAUGCCCCCAAGGGGGAGUCUUGACACCGCUUUUGUGGAAUCUCGUAGCAGAUACGCUAUUGAGGCAACUCAAUAAUAGCGGUUUUCCUACUUAUGGUUUUGCCGACGACUACCUAGCAUUGUUAGUUGGUAUGUGUAUCACCACCCUUUUCAACCUGAUGCAAAGCGCCCUUCAGGUAGUUGAGGGUUGGUGUCGCCAAUAUGGCCUUUCGGUUAAUCCGAGUAAAACAU